AUGCCUCAAGAUACUGUGCUAUUUAAUGUUGGAGGCACUAGAUUUGAAAUUCAGCGAAACCUAGUACAAGCCUAUCCAAAGAGUCGCCUGGCGGAGUUAGCUAAUAGUGCUUCGAAAGACAAUGUGAUAUUUAUCGACCACAAUCCUCUUGCAUUCAGUGUGAUACUUGAUUUUCUUCGCUACAAGAGAAUUGUUGUACCUAGAAACGUUGCCCGUGAGGUUGUCGAAUUGCAGUUACAGGAAUUUGAGAUUCCUUAUGGUAAUUUAUCGGAAGAAGUGAAUGUGAAUGUGAAUGAUGAUGAGUUGCCUAGUUAUGAAGCCACAAUGUCUGGUUCUUCGUUGAAGAACACAGUACUUGCAGUUUCUACCCGGAGAAUGGACACAUUGAUCACGGAUGUUAUUUUACCAUUUCUAAAACGUCAUGCUAAGCGAGCUCAUCGACAGGUCACAUUUUACCUGACGCCAAAUGUUUUGACCCCGAAAAACAUCACCUCUGAUCUCGAACAUAUAUCCGAACCUCACGAAUGGAUCUAUCUGCCAUCAUCUAGUGAUUCGUUGGGAUCAAAAAACGUUGAGGCAAAUUCCGAGGUUGAAGACCUUCCCGAUCUCAGAUUUUUAUUGCAAGAGGGUUCCCUUAAGAGAUUGGAAGAUUUUAUCGUCAAGAGAUCAGGAGUAAAGAGAGCUGAAACCAGGAAACUUGAAGUCAGUUUUAGAACAGAAAAUGAGUUUGGAUUGUUAUUUACGAAAACCAUGGAGAUUCUUGAGAUUCACGUUGUCGUCGUCUAG